AUGGAUAAAGCAGGAACUAUCAUUGCUAUUUUAAUAGUUCUCGCUUCACUCGGAAUAUUGAUAUCAAGUUUCGUAGGAAAUAGCACAAAUAAUCCACCACAAGACAAUGGAACUCACACCGGAUAUCCUGUUUGGCAUCCUCCUUUGCCGGGAUACGAUGGACAAGUACAAGAUGCAACGAUCCUUUUCUCGGCAAUAAUCAUGACUAUCACAGGAUUUUUCAUGUAUAAAUGGACCAUGUUUAACACGCAAAAGGAUAAAAAGUUAUUAACAUAUUUCGUUGAUCGAGAAGCAAAUAAAACUUCGACUCUUGGGUUUGACCGUUUAUUGGCUGCUUACUCAUUGGUUACAGCUUUAGCAGGAUUUUCAUAUUAUUUAGUCGAUGUUGGAAAACUUUGGGUGAUCGUAGGAGUAUUCCAUAAUGUACUCGAAGUUUGUAUUCUAGUUACCCUGCAUCAAGGAGGAAGAAUCACCUCGAAUUCAUUUAUAGUUUGGAUAACCUUAUAUGUGUUACUUGUUGUAGGUUUGAGCAUCUAUUUAGAAUGGCCUUUUGAUGCUCUUUGGUUUAAAGUACAAGGACUUUGUUCGGAUUACGCAUUAGUCAUUCAAUUUACGCGUAUGUAUUUGAAUACGCGUAAGGGUUAUGGCGAUGAAACUUAUCAACGUCUCCUCGAUAUAGAAAAUCCAAGACAAAAUCAACCCAAUAGAGAAAGUAUUUCCUCAGAAAUUGAAGAAAUCGAUCAAACAAAUCAAAAUGAAUAUGGUUCCAUUGGUUCCGUUGGAUAUUUCCGUCCGAAUUAUGUCAUAUUAUUAAUCUUAGCUUCACUCACUCAUAUCUUUGGAAAUGAUCUUUCCACAGUCAAGAUUUAUGAAUUCUAUUCAUAUCUUAUCUUUUCUUUUUCUUAUUGUGUCGCUUUCCCUGCUUAUGCUUAUUUUGUUUUUUUGGAUACUCAUUCUGUUGCUGUUCCUCCUGCUCUAAAAUAUGUUAUUUUACCUGAUACCAGUAUUUUAAAAGUUAUUCUUGUAACUUUAUCUACUAUUUUCCUUUCCCUUUUAACUGCUAGAUUUGGUAUAAUUACUCAGUAA